AUGAACUGUCCAGCCCCUGUGGAAAUCUCUUAUGAGAACAUGCAUUUUCUGAUAACUCACAACCCUACCAAUGCUACUCUCAACAAGUUAAAAGAAGGAAUCCACGUUCUAGAUUGGCCAUUUGAUGAUGGAGCUCCACCCCCUAAUCAGAUUGUAGAUGAUUGGCUGAACCUGUUAAAAUCCAAAUUUCGUGAAGAGCCAGGUUGCUGUGUUGCAGUGCAUUGUGUUGCUGGCUUGAGAAGGGCUCCUGUGCUGGUUGCGCUUGCUUUGAUUGAAUGUGGAAUGAAGUAUGAAAAUGCAGUUCAGUUUAUAAGACAAAUAAGAAGGGGAGCAUUCAAUUCCAAACAGCCGCUUUUCUUGGAGAAAUACCGACCUAAGAUGCGAUUAUGCUUCAGAGAUACCAAUGGGCUUUGCUGUGUUCAGUAG